UAGUGAAAAUAGAAUUUAUAAAUGUUUAAAUUGACAAUGUAUAGAGUGGAAAAACUUAUAAGUUAAUGAUUUCGAUUGUCUUUCCAUUCCUUCUCUAGUUACUACACAACGGACUAUUUAAUACAUAAUAUUUAAUGCUUGUCUAAUCACGUAUCAUAAAAUAUCGUCACCAUACAACUACAUUUUUAUCAAAAGGUAGUCAGUGUAUUUUCCGUUUUUCUGUGUAGGAUAUACCUACCUAUUAUGUUUAUUAUAAAACCAGGAAAAUAGCGAACCAUCUCUCUAUUAUACAAUGUUGACGUUAAUGAAAACAAUGGAAAGGGAAAUUCGAUUUCAUUCAGGAAAUGUCUCGAAUUUCUCGACCGAAAUUACGACGUAUUUCAAUCAUGCAGGUAUAGAUAACACAAUGGUGUAUUUAUAUAUAUAUAGAGAUAGAAAUAUGCAGUAUACGAAUUAUAUACCCGUAUUGAAUGGCCUAAAAGUUUUUUCAAUGAUGAGAGGUGUAUUUUUAAAAGUACGGACGGGCGGAUAUUGUUACUCGUAACAUAUAUUAUCAUGAAAAUAAAAUCAAUUGUAAAAGCAUCAACCCGUUCUUACCAGAGUUAUGCCAUAAAAACGUAUACGAAUACCGGAGAUCUUUGAAGGACAUAUACUGCAGUAUGCACGCAUACAGCUAAUUGUGUGUAUAAUACAGUGUUGUCGUACGCAGUUUAGCCGUGUUUAUACGUAAUACUACUUAAGUUCACGUUAAAAAUUUGUGGUACGAGUACACCUACUCUUGAUCGUUGUAUACCUAUGUAUGAAGAGUGGUUGGAGCAGAAGAAACUUUUGAAACGUCUCUUAGACCGGCGCACAAGCCUUGUGCACCGCUGUUCGAGUACAUUUACUAAAUUAGUUGGACAGGCCCCCCCCCCCUUACACGAAAGCGUCUCAACCCGUCACGGCCGUCGGUCUGGAUUUCUAAAGGGGAAGGGGAGAAGGGUUCAUAUUUACAAAAAACGAGAUGAUCCGAAAAGAAAGAAAAAAGGUUUGAUUCUUCUCGGAAGUGUCCGUGAGAUGUCCUUCCGCGCAUGAGUGCGCCCGCUCGGCCACUUCGCGGCCACACCGCACACGUACGUAUUCAAAACCGUCGCGGAUUUUGCGCGAUGGGUGCACGCACGGGCUCACGCCGUUGAUGUGUACGCACGGCCAUGGAGCAAUAAACUGCAGUCGGUAUCAGGCUUUAUUGUAAGAUGCAGUAGGACACUAAUUGUGCAUCAGGAACAAUAAAAUGUGCUGUAGAUUUAACGAACAUGUGCACUUGAGUACUUGACUGUACUUGGAUACAUCCACGUCUUUGGAUUCAUUAUCUGCUUCAUCAGAAUCAAUAAAAUGAGCGUGAAGAGUAACAUGUUACAUUCGCAACAUAUAUUAUACUUGUGCAGUUGGAAAAAAAUCCUUACAACAAAGCCUGGUCAGUACCGUUGGCCGUGGAGGGUUGCAGCCACAAUGUGGCCGAGAAUCCGCGCGGCGGCUACGUGUGCAUCCGAGUACGCAUCAUUAGCCCCCAGAUGGUAGCUAUGGAUACGCCGGGCUUAGCGAAUAAGCUCGCGCGCGCCGCCGGCAAACGAGUCCGUCGCGCGUUUGUCGAUGUGUGAGGCACGUUUGUGUGCGCCAGUGUGUUUGCGUUUGCGCGCGCACGCACGCGACGGCGGCAUUUUACGGCGGACGGUGGGCACAGGGGAAAAGCUUCGGCUCGCGCCACAAGUGUUCUGAUAGAGCCGUCGCAACAGUUCGCGUGCCGCCAGCAGCGCCUGUCGCCACUUAUUCCCUCCGAUAAGUCCUCCUCGCGACACCGGACGCAGUACGAUUACAUGAUCGCCGUCCCUAUUGCUAUUGGUAAUUGUUCUGGUUGUUGUUAUUGUUGUUGUCGCUGUUGUUUUCGUCGUGGUUAUAUCGUUCAUUUAUUUGUACGCGCAUAAUAUUGUAUUGUACAGUGCGAUGAUCACGUUAGUGCAGUGAGACGACAACCUCUUACCUCUCCCUACCCUCCCCCCAUACAUACAAGUACACAGUGUUAUAAAUCAUGUCCUCUGAUCGGGUGUUCGAACGCCGAGUGGUGUCCAAACGCAGAACGUCUGCCAACCUGGAAGAAGCGCCGGUCAAACAGUGCUCGAACGGUUGGACCAGCGUUGUAGCGGCUGCAUCCGCAGCCUCAUCGUCGUCUAGGUUAAAUGCGGCCUACAAGAACUUGCAGAGGACACCGUUCCAACCACAUCCUGAUAUCAGUUGCGAUUGGUUUUUCAAAGUGAUGGUUCUCGGUGAUUCCGGAGUGGGGAAAACUUGUCUGUUAGUCCGUUUCAGGGACGAUAUGUUCUUGGGUGGCAAUUAUAUUUCUACCGUUGGUGUAGAUUUCAGGAAUAAAAUUAUAUCUGUCGAUGAUUCCAAAGUCAAACUACAAAUUUGGGAUACUGCAGGUCAGGAACGGUUUAGGAGCGUAACACACGCAUAUUAUAGAGAUGCUCAUGCACUUUUACUUUUAUAUGACGUAACUAACAAAAUAAGUUUUGACAACAUAAGAGCAUGGCUAAGUGAAAUUCGAGAUUAUGCUAAUGAGCAAGUUGUUAUAAUGUUAAUAGGAAAUAAAGCAGACUGCAAUCCCAGUGAUAGAAUGGUCAAAAGAGAAGACGGCGAACGCCUAGCAAAAGAAUAUUCGGUUACUUUUAUGGAAACUUCAGCAAAAUCUGGUCUUAAUGUCGAAAUUGCUUUUAUGGCUGUAGCAAGAGAGCUAUUGUUCAAAAAAACCGGCAUAGAAAAAAAAGGAUCCUUUAAUGUACAAGAUUAUGUGAAGGAACAAACCAAAUCAAAUUGCCCUGCAUGUUCUACAACAUAAUUUGUUUUAUGAUAAAAGAAAGAUUUUCGAAACCAAUUAGAUGUGACAAACUGAAGAAUGAGUAUCUACAUUUUAUGCACUACAAAAACAAUAUGCUGUUUAUCACUUAAUCAGCAGAAAUGAAUGAAUGCCAUUAAAAGUAGAAGACAAAUAUUUAAUCUUAAUAUAUUUAGCCACGAUUAUAGUUUUUUGUUAAAACGUACUGUUUUUUCUAAUAUAUACUUGUAGUAUGUAGUUAGUGUAUUAUGUUGUAAAAUAAUUGUUGUAAUAAUAAAUACGCAUUAUUUACCAAC